UCCAAGAUGGCUGUCCUGAAUGCCUCGGUCCCCUAGCAAUUGAGGAUGCGAGCAGCUACUGAAAAAACAACUUUUCCCCGACCAUCUCUUCCCCUGGAAUUCAAAUCGUAAGGUGCAGAGGACACCCUUGCAUCUUACCAGCCUCUAAAUACCCCUUCCAUCCAGGUUAAACCCCUCUAAUUCGCCUAUUUAAAGUAGUUUCGCGAAGUAACCCUCUGUGUCGCUGUCUGUCCUGAGCGAGGUUGAGACAGCUCUGCACAUCCAAAUGGCCGAACCGAGAAAAGUACAAUUUGUCACCCUGUCGGCCUUUGCUGCUGGUCCAGCCACGGAAUCUAGGAAACGCCGGUUGGACGACGAGGCCGAUACAAACUUUGAUGGAGACGUGGGGAUUGGCAAGUCAGUGCCCAGUACGGGAGGAGGUGGCGGAUUGUUCGGCAAAACUAGCGACAGAGACAGCGUUGAGCCCAACAGGGCAACCGUGCGAUUAAACCUUUCUCUCACCGAGCCAAACGACCAGACGUCGGCCGAGUUCAAUUAUAGCGAACUCAUUCAAUCCCUUCAGAAGAAACGCCAGACUCCCAAACCAGCCCCUGAUCCAAAUGAUCCAUUCAAUGACGACGAGAGAGAGCGCAUGCAAGUGGAAGCUUUGGCCAAGAAGUUUGAGAAUAAAUAUGGUAACGCUGCUGCCGCCGCUGGCGGUAAGAAGAAGAGGAGGGACCGCAUGCAGGACCUCAUCGAUAUCGGCUUCGGAUACGACGAGACCGACCCGUUCAUCGAUAACUCUGAGGCAUAUGACGAGCUGGUGCCAGCGUCGUUAACCACCAAGCUGGGAGGAUUCUACAUCAACACAGGCACGCUGCAGUUCCGGGCCGCCUCCGAGUCGGAGGGGGAGGAGAGCAAAGGCGCCUCCACCACACAACAACCGGUCGGCGAUGCACAGAUGAUCAAGAGGCGGAGAAGGAAAGACGGUACGAUGCUGGAGGAGAAGAAACCCAGAAAGAACAGAGUCCCCAAACAAGGUGUGACAGCGCUGGGCGCCCUGCACCGACCGGAGAAGAAGAAGCGCAAGAAGCUGAUGAAGGACUCGCUGUACCUGGCGGCCAUGCUGAGGCGCUUCACCCGCGAGAAGGAGGAGAUGCGCCACAAGAACCCCCAGGCCGCCGCACCGCACCUGGGCAUGGGCACCGCCGCCGCCAGCCUCCCCGCUCCACACGCCACCAACCACCACCACCAGCACCAUCACCACCUGCUCCACAACUCUGGCCUGCCUGUCAACAGCACGUCUGCGAUGGGCAACAAUGACAUCUCCCUGGCUGACCUGACGGCCGACCCGGCCAUGAUGUCGCUGCUCAGCUCGGCCAAUGAGAGCGAGCUCCAGGACCUCCUGGGCGAUCUGGACUUCAACAUGCUGGACGCCGCCUCCGCCGCCGCUACCGGCCCCCUGGUCACCUCCUCCCCCGCCCGGGAGAACGGCCUCCUGGGAGGAGGGUUAGGAGGAGUAGUAGCAGGGGGGGUGGCGGCAGGGGCGCUACUGGGGGUCUCCCCGGUCCAGAAGCCUGGUCAGGCGGGAAGGGCAGGCCAGGGUGCCGCAGGGCUGGGGGGCGUGGGGGGGCGGCUGCUGUCUCCUCCGCCACUGCCUGCCGGUCUGCCCGCGCCGCUCAUCAAACGCAUUGAGGACUUACGGGCGGCAUCGCGACAGUUUGACCAAGAAGGCCGGAAGAAGUUCUUUACUUUGGAUAUGAACGACAUCUUGCUGGAUAUUGAGCUGCAGGUGCAAGAGCAGCCCGUGGAGGUGCGCUCUGCCAUCUACUCCCACAUGGAGGCCUUCGUGCCCUGCAACAAGGAGGCCCUCCUCAAACGCCUCAAGAAGCUCAGCCUUAACAUCCAGGAUGACCGUCUGCGGACCCCUCUGCUGAAGUUGAAGCUGGCCGUGUGCAGCGUGAUGCCGGAACAGAUCGCCAGAUACAACAUGGACUGCAUGGCCAAGGCUGCUGCCAACAAGCAGCAGUCUGAGGAGGGCGAGAAGAACGGCUCUGAGGAGGAGGACGAGGAGAAGCCCGGCAGGAGGGUGAUGGGACCCCGCAAGAAGUUCCUCUGGGACGACAAACUCAGGACUCUGCUGUGCAGCCUGGUGCGUGUGAAGCUGAGCUGCUACGAGCAGGAGCCUGAUGGCUCAGGGCUGUCUGUGGAGGACUACCUCAAGGCCUUCAUGGAGAACGAGGUCAAACCACUCUGGCCCAAGGGCUGGAUGCAGGCCAGGAUGCUGUUUAAGGAAAGUCGAGCUGUGCAUGGCCACCUUACUGGACUGGGCAAGAAAAGAAUAGUUCCUGGACCCAAAGCUAUCAAAGCCAAGGAGGGCUCUUGGAUGCCCAGAACCGGUCCAGUUGGGGCAGUAGGAGUCCUGCCCUCCUCCUCCAGCUCCGUGCCCUCUGCUCCUCUCCCGAUGGCGGUGCGGCGGCCACCCCCCGUGGCCUCCCCGUCGGAGCCAAUCUGCCUGUCGGACUCCCUGGACGAGGACCUGGCCGCCAACUCGCUGGACUCCAUCUCCCAGGCACUGGCCCUGCUCAGCAAUGCAGCCAAGGGCCUCACACAUACCAACGGCCCCUGCCCCACCACUGCCGCUGCCGCCGCCACCCUGGCGGCCACCCUGGCCAGCAGCAUGCCCCCGGGCCUCGGGGCAGCAGCGGUCGCCAGCCUCUACGCCUCCCCCCAGCUCUCCCAUUCCCUGCCCUCCUCCAUCGCGGGCACCAGGCUGGACAACACGGCGCUCCUCUCCUCCCUGGCAGCCAGCAUGAGCAGCACUCUCGUAUCUACCUCCUCUCCCUCCGCCUCGCCCCUCAUCGCCUCCUCCUCGUCUUCGGCGGCGCGAACGCACGCCAGUGUUACCUCUUCCCCCUCCACCUCCUCGUUGAGAGGAGGAGACGCAUACGGGUUGUUGUCGUCGUCUUCCCACACGACUCCUCAUAGCAGACACUCCGCCAUCACCUCCACCGCGCACCGUUCUGCUGUGGGGAGUGCCACAGGGCUGAACGCUCCCUCCCCGCCUAAACCUCGCCCACCACCCACCUCCUCCCCUCUCCUGCCCCCCGGCUCUCAGCAGCAGAAGCCCUUCUGCCCCCCGGGCGCCGGCGCUGCCGGCAGUGGCGUCAAGCCUGGCCAGGCAACUCCUCAGAGGAGCAGCAGCAGCAACGGAGGUGGAAUGGUUGGAGGUGCACAGCAGCAAGUAAAAUCCAACUCCCACCCGCUGCAACUCAACGCCCAGCAGAGGCUGCCUGGUUCCCCUUCCCCAGUGCCCUCCUCCCCCACCACCGCCACCCCAUCCAAGCCUCAUCUCCAGGCUGCGUACUCCCCACAGUCCAACUUCAUCACCCCCAUGCAGGCCACCCUCACCAAGUCCUCCCACAGCAGCAGCAGUUCCUCCAUCAUCAAGCUGACGCAGCCACGGCCCCCGGCCCAGACGCCUCCGCCGGCCUCCUCCCCGUCCCCCUCUUCCUCCCCCUCCCCCUCCUCUUCCACCUCCUCCUCCCCUUCCUCCUCUUCCCUCGCUCACGCCCGGCCCCAGGCGGUGGGCAACUCCCCCCACCAGUACGGCGGGGGCGGCAAGGGAGGCGUUGUCGGGCCCGGCUUUCGGCAGAACUUUACCUCGCCCGGCGGCUCCGCCGUCGCCAAGUCGUCGGCUCAGGCGGUCUACGGAUUCGCCGGUGGUCAGAAGGCCUCCGCCUCUCUUGUCGGUGGAGGACUUGGAACUGGGAGUGUUAAUAUCUCCAGCCCAGUGGGUACACCACCCUCUGUGAUACAGCUGGAUUCCAGUUCCCCAUCCCCCUCUCCUUCUGGGUUGACUGGCAGCCACGGGGGCCAACGGCAGAGGGCGUCCGGAGGAGGAGGGGCGGGACAUAGUGCCAAAAGCAGUCGAGCAGCAGCAGCAGCAGCAGCGUCGGCCUCAGCAGCACUGCCCUCGUCACCACCAGUCACCUCACACCUCUCACAGGUGACCUCGGCCGCCGCUGCCUCCAACCUGCUGGGCUCGGUGCCCCCGUCUCUGCCGCUGGGCUUCGGCAUGCUGGGCGGCCUGGUGCCCGUCUCGCUGCCCUUCCAGUUCCCGUCGCUGCUCAACUUCACGCCCCCCACCACCUUGGGCUCGCCCUCUGCCACAGCUGCUGCUGCCGCCGCCGCCGCUGCCAACUCAGGAUACACCGCCCUGGCACAAAAUCUGUUUAAGAGCCUCCAGUCAGGGUCUCAGGCUGCUCUCCCUCCUCACUUGCAGCUUGCUUUCUCAGAUACAAACCAAAGCCAGGGUGGAGACGCAAAGAGGAAGUCCCACUGACCAAUCACGCACCGGGACACGGACUGUUAGAACGCCACUGGAGUGACAUCACCACCAUCACCAUCAUCAUCCUCAUCAUAAUCAUCAUCAACUGCUUCUGCUGCAGCCUACAGGACGUCAGCACAGCGUUUUUGAUCGACACACAGCAGUAGAAGACUGCAAAAGGAGAUUUAUUAUAUUAUAUAUAUUUUUUUGUUAUUGUCUUAUCGAUGGACCUAACGCAUUAAUGACCCUCAUUCUAAUUAAAUGUCGUUCUUCUUCUUAUUUUUUUUAAAGUGAUUUACUGUGUUGGAAAUGAUAGGAAGGGGUGACCACCUCGUUUAUUUUUAUUUUUUUGUCAACAUGUUUACAUGGCAGACCUGUAUCACUGUGGUUUGAGAGAGAAAGAGAGAGGGAGUGUUGUAGGAUAAAUAGAUAGAAGCUAUAUUAUUCUAAUUUAAUUUGUAUUUAAGUCAGUGUUCUUUUUUUUCUUGGCCGGACUUGAUUCUGUGUAUGGACUUUGUUGAAUAGGACUCUUUUUUUUGCGAUUUUUGUGAAUUGGCUCCCUCUCUCGAGUCAGUGGGGUGGUAGUCCUGUCUUGUUGCACCCUUUUUUUCCUACGAAAUACAGACUGUUAAAUACAGUAGAGCUAUUAAUAAUGAAAAUAAGUUAUUUAUAAUUUUUUUCUUUGCUCACAGGGACAUACAGAUUAUGACGUGUAGGAGUGUGUGUGCGUGUGCGUGAGUGUGGAUCACUAUGGGUGUAUGUAGAUAUAUAUUAUACAUUAUAUUAUAUGAUAUGAUAUAAAUACGCUCUAUUUUCUUUCCAGUCAAUGUGUGUGUGUGUGUGUGUGCGUGUGUG